AUGGGUCCAUUCUUAAAAACAAUCUUAGAAGAAGACCAACAUCAAAUCCCAUCCAAUCUAUUAUCUAAAAUACCUAAAACCUUACUUCAAGAAUUAGAACAAAUCAAUCAAGAAAAACUUUUAUCAUUAGAACAAAAGAUUAAAGAUUCGAUUGAAAACUUAGGAGAAACUGAAAUUUCGGAUUCAUUAAGGUCUAAAGCAUCUUAUCUUUCUCAAAUCGGUGCCAAAAAAGAAGAGUGUAUUAAAGCAUUUGAAGAUGCAUUAGAAAAACAAGCUGGUUUAGGUUCUAAAAUCGAUUUAAGAUUGGCUUUGAUUAGGGUUGGAUUCUUUUAUUUAGAUCAUUCACUUAUUACUCAAGAAUUUGUUAAAACCAAACAAUUAGUAGAUUCGGGUGGUGAUUGGGAUCGAAGAAAUCGUUUGAAAGUUUAUCAAGCAAUGUAUUAUAUGGCCAUUCGAGAUUUCAAAGCUGCUACUCCUCUUUUGUUAGAUACGAUCAGUACUUUUACGGCUACUGAAUUAUUAUCUUAUGAAGAUUUUAUUACUCUGACUAUCAUUUCUUCUGGAUUAUCAUUAGAAAGAAAAGAUAUGAAGAAAAAGAUCAUCGAAUCACCAGAAGUAGUUUCAAUCAUUUCAGAAAGACCUCAUUUAGAUUCAUUAGUUUCAUCAAUCUAUAAUACAGAAUAUGAUAAAUUCUUUAUUGAAUUAUCAGAAGUCGAACAAAUUUAUUUGAUUCCAUCUCGAUUACUUUCGAUUCAUACUAGGUUUUAUGUUAGAGAGAUGAGGAUCAAAGCUUAUAAUCAAUUACUUGAAUCAUAUAAAAGUGUUUCGAUGAAAAGUAUGGCUAAAGCAUUUGGUGUGACGGAAGAAUUUAUUGAUAGUGAACUUUCUAGAUUUAUUUCGGCUGGUAGAUUGAACUGUUCGAUUGAUAAAGUUAAUGGGAUUGUGGAAACUAAACGACCUGAUUCUAAAAACUCAAUGUAUAUCUCUGUAGUUAAAAAUGGUGAUAGUUUAUUAAAUUCAAUACAAAAAUUGAGUAGAGUGAUUGGUUGA